AUGAAUGGUUUUCCGCCGCCGAACCUCGACCCGAAACUGGCAAAAGAGUCUCUCGCUCCUGCCGGUCUCGCCGUCACUAUUGUCUUCACAGUAGCUUCGUGCACCACAGUCGCCCUUCGACUGUACACACGAAAGAUACUCCUGAGACAUAUCACAAGUGACGACUAUGUCAUUCUCUUGGCCCAAAUCUUAGGCUUGGGCCUCACGGCCAUCAAUAUCGUGUGCUUCACGGUUGGGGGUAUAGGACGACACAUUCAGUUUGUAAUGGACAAACUGCCCAUAUUUCUGAAGUUGGUUUAUUCUGCCAUGGCCGUCUACAACGCGACGCAGAUUGCAACAAAGGUAUCCCUCAUGCUGCAAUACAGGCACAUAUUUCCCAGCCAGACAAUGCGGGCAAUAUGCAAUUGGAGCGUGGCAUUUCUGCUCGUAUGGGGAAUUGCGCAACAGAUAUACACUUCGUUCGCGUGCGGCAUUGUACAGCUUAUCUAUCCGAAGACUGUGGCUUGCAUCCGGCCCGACAUUCCAUUCAUUCUCAACAGCACAAUGAACAUGGUUACCGACUUUGCCAUUUUGAUGGUUCCGAUCAAGCCCGUGCUCCAGUUGCAGAUCAACAAAGUGCGCAAAGCAUACCUCUUGACUGUUUUGUGCUUGGGUCUCGUGGUAUGUGUCAUCUCAGCCGUGCGACUGGCGCAACAACUGCAUGUGACCAAGAACACUACGGAUGGGACAUGGAUAAUGGCAACUACCGCCAUGCUAUCCAUUGUCGAGACGAACCUCGGCAUAAUGUGCGCUUGCGUGCCUACCUUGCGGCCAUUGGUCAAGCGCAUUGCACCGGUCCUGCUCGGAUCUUCCAACAAGGAUUCAUCCGGCUACGGCAAUGCGUACGGCAAUGCGUAUGGCCAACGCACGCGGCUCGACGACGAGCAGAAUACAAAGAGUGGGCCAGGCAGCUCGAUUUAUAUCCAAAAGGAAGUCAAAUUCCAUAGCACAACCGAGUUACGAAAUCUGUCUAGCAACCCUAGAGAUCCAUAUGCCAUUGACGACAGGUCGUCGGAUGAGAUUAGCCUGGAGCAAACGACGGAUGUCACUGCGAUAUCAUCAAGGGCUUGA